AUGACGGCGCUUGCAGGCGGCGUGGCUUGGCAAAGGGCUCUCUCCCAACUACAGGCGAAGUCGUGGAACGCCGCUCGGGCGCCGACGGCGCGUCACUGGCUCGAGUUCUUCUAUUCCUGCACUUCUGCUUCCACAACGCGGGCCGCACAGAACCCAACGCGCCUCUGGACGCCGCCAUUGCCCAAGUCCUUGCGCCUAUUCAUAGCCGAGUGCCUCGUGGACGUGGUGCGGCUGGCCCGUUUGCGGCAGCUCUUGUCCCCGGCGCCUGCGGGUAUUUGUUGCGACGCGCGUGCUGCGAAGGAGGCGGCGGCGGGGCGGCAGGGCGGCGAGGGCCAUGAAGCGUCAGCCUCUCUGUGCGCCGCGGCGGAUGCGUCUGGUGUCUUCCUCAGCGCCGCGGCCCCGUCGCAGUUGGUGGAACUUCUGUCGCACUGCUGCGCCGCACACGAGACCCCGCGCGACGUUGAGCAGGUGGCGGGGUGGCUGCGUGAGGCGGCGGCACUCCUGCGCUUCUUCACGCCCCCCGCCGCCGCCUUCCACGUCGCGGCGCAGCCACCGCCACGGCGGAGACUCUACCUCACGCACGCAGAGUCGCUUCAUGCGCUGCAUCACGGGCUGUGCACGCUGCUUCUACGCCCCCUGGCGACCGGGGCGGGGCGCGCGGCGGUCGACGACGCUCUUGACGAGGAAGUGGCGCUGCUCGCAAUAUGGCUGCUGCAGAAAUCACGGCCUGAGGGCGCGGAUGAUGCCCCAGUCAUCUCCUCCACACCCGCCUCCUCCCGCUCCAGCGUUGGCGGCGCUGGCCACAGGAAGUGCACUGGCAUGGGCGACGCGCUGCAGGAGACGCAGAUGCUUCUUGCCUCGCGCACGGCGACCCGGGCGUGGUUGCUGCAGCUUCCAGCGCUCCUUCGUGACGGCUGUGGCAACGCCCACGGCGGCAGCGGUGGUGGUGCGGUGAAAAAGGACAGUGCGCGGUUUGUUGCGGAGAGGCAGCGGGGUAGCUUUCUUUGUAGACUCGCUGGCGAGUUGCUGUCGUCGACGCUCUCUGCGGGUUCUCCGAACGUGUGUGUGCCGUUCGUUGACAGGCUUGCCCUUGUGGAUGAGGCAGCGGUGUAUGCGAUGCACGAGCGGCUCACUGCCAUUGCGGCCGGUGAUGGCGGCGGCUGA